CCACCCAGCGCCUCUAUCCCUUUUAACCAUCAUCUAUCCCUGAAGAGGGAAAAUAGCAGCAGGGAAAGCGGGAUUUGGCGGAUUAUGGAGCAAAAUACUCACAUUUCGGGCUCGCCGUGCUGAUCCUGGACUGACAGAACCGGACAGGAUCGUCAGCACCAGUUCAGACGGCAGAGAGAGGCGGAUCGGACCAGUUCAGCGCUUCAGAUUUGGUGGAAUGCCAGAGAGGAGAGCCGUCAUGCCACCGCCGUCAGACAUUGUGAAAGUAGCCAUCGAGUGGCCUGGUGCCAACGCCCAGCUCAUCGAAAUAGACCAGAAAAAGCCGCUCUCCUCCAUCAUACGAGAAGUUUGUGAUGGGUGGUCUCUGUCCGGUUCUGAGCAGUUUGCGCUGCGUUACGCUGAUGGACCUCAGCUCUACAUCACUGAACAGAGUCGCGGGGAGAUCAAGAACGGGACCAUCCUGAGAUUAGCCAUCUCUCCAACGAGAGCGGCUCGGCAGCUUUUGGACAGGAUCCAGUCUCACGGUAUCGACGCUCGCCUCGAGGCUCUGAAAGAACUGGCUAAGCUCUCCGCUGACCCCACCUUCGCCACAGAGUUCAUCAACAUGGAGGGCAUCGGGACCCUGGCGCGGCUGGUGGAGAGUGGCACGCAUUUUGGGGAGAUGUUGGCCUUCACCCUCACAGCAUUCCUGGAGUUGAUGGAUCACGGCAUUGUGUCCUGGGACCUGAUCUCGCUGUCCUUCAUCAAACAGAUUGCCGGUUACGUGAAUCAGCCGAUGGUGGACGUGUCGAUCCUGCAGCGUUCUCUGGCGAUACUGGAGAGCAUGGUGCUGAACAGUCACAGUCUCUACCACCGGGUGGCGCAGGAGAUCACCGUGGGACAGCUCAUCGGACACCUGCAAGUGUCCAAUCAGGAGAUCCAAACCUAUGCUAUUGCCCUUAUUAACGCUCUGUUCCUUAAAGCUCCGGAGGACCGACGCCAGGAAAUGGCCAGUACGUUGGCUCAGAAACACCUCAGAUCCAUCAUCCUCAAUCAUGUCAUUCGCGGCAAUCGACCAAUCAAAGCCGAGAUGGCGCACCAGCUGUACGUGCUGCAGGUUUUAACCUUUAACCUGCUGGAGGAGCGCAUGAUGACCAAAAUGGAUCCCACUGAUCAGGCUCAGAGAGACGUCAUCUUCGAGCUGCGCCGGAUCGCGUUCGACGGGGAGAACGAUCCCACCGGCACUGAGAAGAGGAAGGCCAUGUACACCAAGGACUACAAGAUGUUAGGCUUCACUAACCAUGUAAACCCUGCCAUGGACUUCACUCAGACUCCUCCAGGAAUGCUGGCUCUAGAUAACAUGCUGUACCUCGCCAAGCUCCACCAGGACACCUACAUCAGAAUUGUUCUGGAGAACAGCAGUCGGGAGGAUAAGCAUGAGUGUCCGUUUGGACGCUGUGCUAUAGAGCUGACCCGGAUGCUGUGUGAGAUUCUGCAGGUUGGAGAACUGCCGAAUGAGGGCUGUAACGACUACCACCCCAUGUUCUUCACCCACGACCGAGCCUGGGAGGAGUUCUUCUGUGUGUGUAUUCAGCUCCUCAACAAGACCUGGAAGGAGAUGAGAGCCACUGCAGAGGACUUCAACAAGGUGAUGCAGGUGGUGCGGGAGCAGAUCACCCGGGCGUUGGCGAUGAAGCCGUCGUCUCUGGAGCAGCUGAAGGGUAAACUGCGCAGCCUGAGCUAUGCUGAGAUCCUGCGUCUGCGCCAGUCCGAGAGGAUGAGCCAGGACGACUUCCAGUCCGCGCCAAUCAUUGAGCUCCGUGAGCGGAUCCAGCCUGAGAUUUUGGAGCUGAUUAAACAGCAGAGACUGAACCGGCUGUGUGAGGGGAGCUGCUUUCGUAAGCUGGGGAACCGCCGGAGACAAGAGAAGUUCUGGUUCUGCCGUUUGUCUCUGAACCAUAAAGUUCUGCACUACGGGGAUCUGGACGAGUCUCCGCAGGGCGAGGUGCCUUUUGAACUGCUGACUGAUAAAAUUCCGGUGUCUGAUAUUAAGUCGGUGGUGACGGGGAAGGACUGUCCACAUAUGAAGGAGAAGAGUGCUCUGAAACAGAACAAGGAGGUUCUAGAGCUGGCGUUCUCUAUCCUCUAUGAUCCUGACGAGGCUCUGAACUUCGUGGCACCGAGUAAAUAUGAGUACUGUAUCUGGACGGACGGGCUGUGUGCGCUGCUGGGCAGAGAGAUGGGGAGUGAUCUCACACGUAGUGACCUCGACACGCUCAUUAGCAUGGAGAUGAAGCUCCGCCUCCUCGACCUAGAGAACAUCACCAUCCCUGAAGCCCCGCCUCCUGUGCCCAAGGAGCCCAGCAGCUACAACUUCACUUACAACUACGGAUGAGCUGUGUGUGUGUAUGUGUGUGUGUACGUUUGUAUGUGUGUGUGUGUGUGUUCGUAUGCGUGUGUGUAUGUAUGAAAUGGGAGAAACUUUUUAAAUCCAUAAAAUCAUGAUAUUAAUCUGCCUUCCGUUUAUCCAUGGAAGUACAGGAUUGUAAACUUUGCGUCUUUUAUUACGAGCUGCGCUGUUUUCGUUUUAUUUUAACGUUAGCGUGUGAAAAUGAUGCUAAUUAAUAUUUCUGUUGCUUUGUCAGCCAAUAAUGAUCAUAUUUUUACUUUUAUUGCUUUUAAUCAUGAAAAGACAGAUUAUAUUAUUAUUGAAUUUAUUAAAAAAUGAUAAAUAGUAAGUAGAGACAAAUAUCCUAUAUAUGAAGACACUGAGCGUGUUUACAUUCACUUAUAAAUCAGUUCAUAAUCUGAUUACUGCAGUUGUCUGAAUAUGCAAGUGGUCAUGUGAACAGCAUACCCCGACUUCUUGGAGCAGAAUAAGGUGUAGAAAUCUAAUAAAGAGCUAAAUUUUAGCUCAGUAAUCAGAUUUCUCAGUGCAUUUCUCUGUGCUUGUGUAAAAACAGACCUGAACAGAUUACUGACAAACUCAAAUGUUCUGCAGUAAUCUGAUUUAUGAAGUCAGUUUAAACACACUCAAUGUUUUUUACCAAAGUUUUGAGGAAAUUUUAGUCAAAAAUGUAUUUUUAAAACCAUGUGCCAUUAAAACGGUGGAGGGAUACUUGAGGGCGUCAUGCGACAAAAAAUAGUCGCUAAUGAAAAUGUGUAUUUCUCUUCUUUUUCCGAUUUUCCACUAUUUUACCCAUUUCUUUUCAUUUCUUACCAUCAGUAUUAAAUAGUGUUGAAAGCUCAGAAGGUUUACACACAUAGGUUUACUGGUGGUUCUGGAUAGUAUAAAAAUAAAAAGAUUUAUAUUAUAUUGUUCUAUAUAUUAUAUAUGACCGUUAAUACUGAAGCAGUUCCAGUCUGGUGAUGUUUAAGCGCUUAUCUGCUGAUUAUUAUAGUGGCACCACUUUUACUGUGCAUCUUGGUUUCGUUUAACAUGAUUCGUUAAUUAAGGGGGUGAUUAUUUAAUUAGGAUUUUAACAUUAAUCUUCACUGAACUGCAGAGUUUUGUACUCCAGCUCGCUCUCACUACUAAUCCACUGAAGUUUGUUACUGAGUACAGAUUCUAUAUUUUUGUAAAUGCUGUGAUGUCACAGGUGUGCAGAUAUGAAGUGUAGGAUAUGUUUAGGUAGAUAUGUUUAGGGAGGAGCUUAAAAUUAUGGUACAGGCCGAGGUAAAAUCCAAGGUUUUAGCUGAAGUGCAUAAACAGGUACGAACCAAGGUUUGAGUGUAGUACAGGCUGAGGUUUGGGCCAAGUUUAAGCCGAGGUAUGAACUGAGGUUUGGGCCAAGGUUUAAGUUGAAGUUUGGGCCAAGUUUAAGCCAAGGUUUGGGCUGAGGUACAGCCGAGGUAUGAGUUGAAGUUCGGGCCAAGUUUAAGCCGAGGUUUGGACUGAGGUACAGCCGAGGUAUGAGUUGAAGUUCGGGCCAAGUUUAAGCCAAGGUUUGGACUGAGGUUCAGGCCAAGGGUUGGGCUGAGGUUCGGGCCUAGGGUUGGGCUGAGGUACAGCCAAGGUAUGAGCUGAGGUUCAGGCCAAGUUUAAGCCAAGGUUUGGGCAGAGGUACAACCGAGGUAUGAGCUGAGGUUUGGGCGAAGUUUAAGCUGAGGUUUGGGCUGAGGUAUGAGCUGAGGUUCGGGCGAAGUUUAAGCUCAGGUUUGAACUAAAGAACAGCCGAGGUAUGAGCUGAGGUUUGAGCCAAGUUUAAGCCGAGGUUUGGGCUGAGGUACAGCAGAGGUAUGAGCAAAAUUUAAGCCGUGGUUUGAGCUGAGGUUUGCACCAAGUUUAAGGCAAGGUUUGGACUGAGGUACAGCCGAGGUAUGAGUUGAAGUUCGGGCCAAGUUUAAGCCAAGGGUUGGGCUGAAGUUCGGGCCGAGGUUUGGGCUGAGGUACAGCCAAGGUAUGAGCUGAGGUUCAGGACGAGUUUAAGCCAAGGUUUGGGCUAAGGUACGAUCCGAGGUAGAGGUAUGAGCUGAGGUACGGGCCGAGGUUCGGGCCGAGGUUUGGGCUGAGGUACAGCCAAGGUAUGAGCUGAGGUUCAGGACAAGUUUAAGCCUAGGUUUGGACUGAGGGUACAGUCUGAGGUAUAAGCUAACGUCGGAGCCAAGUUUAAGAUGAGGUCUGAGCCGACGUUUGAGCUAACGUACAGCUUAAGGGUACCAUCCGAGGUUUUAGCUUAAGUGCAUAUCGAGGUACGACCCAAGGUUUGAGCCGAGGUACGAACUGAUUUACAGAUCAAAGUACGAGCUGAGCUACAAGCUGCAGAACAGCUGCGAGGACAGACCAAGGUACAGCCUGAGGUACGACCUGACAGUAUUUGGAGCUUCUGUACUGUGCUCCACUGACUCUGCGGUACUGGAACCCUCCAAGUCUAGAACCGCUUGUUGAAGAUGUACAUUCAUACGGAGUUGAUUUAUAAUAAUCCAGGAUAAUAAUUAAUACGUUGUUCUGUUUGUAUUCAGUGUUUAUUCCGUGUUUCCUGCCGAUCAGUUGCUCUUCAUGGAUUUAUAUUAUUAAAAUAUACUUUAUGGCAACAGUAUAAUUCUACUAACUCUACAGACAAACAGUCCGUCUGACUGUCCUUAGAGCAGCGUUAUUUCAACGAGAUGGAGCUUUAAGAGCUGAUACAGUAACACACACUCAUUAAACCACACUGUUAUUAAGGCUCGUAGUCCUAGUGAUUGACAUGUUAGUGGAGAAGUAACAGAAAUAUGGUAUUCAUUAUAUAAUAUAUAAGAUUUCUAUGUAUGUAUAUAUUGUGCUGCCUUAAUAAAACAGUUAUAAUGAGUUUGUGUGAAUAAAUGCAAAGUUUAAAACUG